AGCCUCCUGCCUGAAAGCACUCAGCUCUCUUGCUCUGUGGGUUGGCAAGCCUAGCUCCACCAACUGCCUGGAGGCACCCCACUCUUUCAGCAAGCCUCCUGCCUGAAGGUGCUCAGCUCUCUCACUCCAUGGGCCAGGAAAGUAUGGUUAAGACUCGACUCUCGGAAGAAGAAAACGCGCCAGGUUUCAAGAUGGUCGCCACCCUCCGGGACCACGGCGGGCACCUGCGGGAAGCAAGAUGGCGUCUCCCCUCAUCGCCUCGCGGGAUAGGAGUAUUCCACAACGUGAGUCACGGCGGAAGAGGCAUCAUUGCCAUUACUCAAGAUGGUGUGGAGUGCAGCCUUGUCACUUCCAGGUUUCAAUAUGGCCUCCCCAACCGCGGCACCGAAGAGGUUAAUCUCAGGAUGAAGGUACACCCGCGCGGAAGUGGCGUAAGCGGAAGUUAUCCUGCACCGCUACUCCCUGUCCCUGUGGACUGCCCCCGGUCUACGCCCCGCCCCCAGUGGCGCGGAGAGCUGAGCCAAGAUGGCGGCUGAGUCCGAGUACGAGUCAGUGUUGUGUGUGAAGCCAGACGUCAGUGUCUACCGGAUUCCACCUCGGGCCUCCAACCGCGGCUACAGGGCAUCUGACUGGAAAUUAGACCAGCCGGAUUGGACUGGUCGCCUACGAAUCACUUCAAAAGGGAAGAUUGCCUAUAUCAAACUUGAGGAUAAAGUUUCAGGGGAGCUCUUUGCUCAGGCACCAGUAGAACAGUAUCCUGGCAUUGCUGUGGAGACAGUGGCAGAUUCCAGCCGGUACUUUGUCAUCCGGAUCCAGGAUGGCACUGGGCGUAGUGCUUUCAUUGGCAUUGGCUUCACAGAUCGGGGUGAUGCUUUUGACUUUAAUGUCUCCUUGCAAGAUCACUUCAAGUGGGUAAAGCAGGAAUCUGAGAUUUCCAAAGAGUCUCAGGAAAUGGAUACUCGUCCAAAGUUGGAUCUGGGCUUUAAGGAAGGACAGACUAUCAAAUUGAGUAUUGGGAACAUUACAACCAAGAAAGGAGGUGCUUCUAAGCCCAGGACUGCAGGGCCUGGGGGUCUAAGCUUACUCCCACCCCCACCUGGAGGCAAAGUCACUAUUCCUCCACCAUCGUCCUCAGUUGCCAUCAGCAAUCAUGUCACCCCACCACCCAUUCCAAAAUCCAACCAUGGAGGCAGUGAUGCAGGGCAAUUGGGAGAAAAGGAGAAGACAUCUAGAUAUCCUUUUAGAUUUGGAUUCUCCUGCUCCUGUCGUAACGCCAGCACCAGCUCCGGUGUCUGCAAGCAAUGACUUGUGGGGAGACUUUAGCACUGCAUCCAGCUCUGUUUCAAACCAGGCACCACAACCAUCCAGCUGGGUCCAGUUCUGAAUGGUAUUGGCAGGACAUUACAGACAGACUUGAAGAAUAAAAAUGACCUGAGGGCACCAGUCCGUGAGGGAAGUUAGAAACCCCUUCCCUCCCCAGAACCAAAAUUACCGGACAAUCUUUUUCAUAGCUUCUCCAUUGCAUUCAAGCUAGUUUAUGUCACUUCCCUUUGUUGUUACUUGCUGUACAGCUAAGAGAAUAUCUGUCAUCCCCUGCUCACUACCAAGUUAGGGGAGUCGUGGGUCUUACCAUACUUGUGGCUGGCUGUGCAGGGCUCAAAAGGCCAGGGUCUAUUUGAGGUGGAAGUGACCUCUAACGUCUGUAAAAUUCUUCUCCAUCUUUUAAAUUCUUCACUGAAUCAUCUCAUGACCCCACUGUGCCUCUUUGUGAAGCUCUAGUAACAAUUUCAGGGAGAUAAAAACCUUGAAACUUCCUUCUCCAUUAACCCAAGACUAAAAAUGGACAGCCUGACCUUAGUGUUUACAAAUUAAGCAUUUUGAUAGGGGACAGUAUGGAGAAAGCCCUGUUCCCUGGGUCUCUGCUCUAGUCUUCAGGCUUAUCCUGUUCAGUAAACACCCACUGCUGGGUGCAGCUCCAUCACCCUCUUGUGUGUUUACAAGUCUCUUCCUAUGAUAAGAGGGCUGUGUUGGAAGCACCUACACGAUUCUUUUCUAUUGGUUGAAUAGUGCACCAUCUUUGACCAGUGGGUAUCCCUGGAUGAAGGGGGCUCAAGGGGCUGUGCUUUCCCAGUUAUAUGCUAGAAAAGUAUUUGUUCUCUUGCAGCUCCACCUAGUUGCUGCUUUUGAAGCACAGCUUUACUUUGUAUUUGCCCCAUUUGACCUAAAGUUGAAGAGUUGAGAGUUUUUAACCUCAUCUGUAGAGCAGAGAGGUUGAAAGCACUAAACUCUUGUUUAAUACCCACAUUGCCUUGCUGCCUGGGUAUAUGAGCCCUUUCCAUAAACAUUUCUUUUUCAAUCCAUUUAGCUCUUUGGUAGAAUGCUGCUACUAUAUAUAUUGCCAUUUAUGAAGGAGAUUGGAGAGUCAUAGCUUUAGCUGUGACAAGUCUGACCAAGUGAAGGCUUUGAUACUUAUCACCCAGGGCAUCUCAAAAGCAAGUUGCUCUCCUACCACGUUUCUUUCCCUGUGUCCCACCAUUCCUUAUAUGAAGCUGUGAAAAGAGUUCCCCUUCUCAGAUGAAUGGGUACUAUCUGUUUCAUUUGUUAACGGGCAAUUUUGAGGAUGAAAUGGGAAGAUGGAAUUUUUUCCCUUGCAUUUAUUUAUUUGGAUGUGUACACUCUGGUUGAAGGGAGUUCUAUAUAGUUUCCAAAUAUAUCCUGUCUCCUGGAUUUUCUGAUGUCUUUUCUAACUUUGGGUCCAUUAUUUUUUCAUUGCCUCCCCUUCUAGGCAGCUCUAUUCUUGCAGAGCCAUGGCAGGACAUUUUUAAAUUCCAAUAGAAAACACUAAGAAGAAAUUCUGCAGAAUCACUAGUGACUAACUACUGGGAGCCUAUUUUCUCAAUCUUCAUGUUGUGUUCUUUGUUUGUAUUCUUAAGAUGAUAAUAUAUUAUGUAUUUGAAUUGCUGAAAAAAUUGAAAAUGAAGUUUAAGAUGUAUGUAUAUAAAGUGUAUGCUGUAUUCGUGCAAUAAUGGUAAUUAAAAAUACAGAAAAAG